AUGGCUGACAUAGUGACGUUGUGGGAUGAGGAUGAUUUUGCUGGUAAUAAUGAUGGUGAUGGUGAUGGUGGUGCUGAUGAUAAUGAUGACGAUGACGAUGACGAUGACGAUGACGAUGACGAUGACGAUAACAAUAACGACGAUGGCGACGACAGUAAUAGUGAUGGUGAUGAUGCUAGAAAUAAUGGAGAAGAAGAUGAAAAAGAAAAAGAAGAAAGAGAAAAAUGUAAAAAUUAUUGUUCAUAUUAA